GACAUAAGGCAGCUACAGACUCAUGAAGACCGUAACAUCCAUAAGAAUUUCCAGAGAUAUCCCCUGAGUCACACAGGUUGGCUCUCAAAGAUGGAGCAGGAGGAGCUGUUUGUCACCAUGCACAUGGCAGCAUGCAAUCAGAGCCAAAGGGGUGUUCUGCCUGUAUGUCUUCUGUGUGCAAGCAACCAGCCAGAGAUUGAGGUAGUCCGCUAAGCCCAAGGACAGGGUGACUGUGAAGAUAUUGGUGUUUUUAGAGUCCUAGGCAGAAGUAUUAACCCAUGAGUUGUUGUACUACUAGUGUUAGCAAACUGACUGCAGCCAGAGGAAUUAGAUGCUUUGACCUCUUUCACAUCUUCUACUGACAACUCUCUAUGCUAUCUUUUCACCUCAAAGAUGGGGCAGGUCUGUGGAGGAAGUCUUCUCAGUCUCCUCUCCGUAGAGAAGAUGGAGAUGAGCAAGAGAGGAAGACUUUUCAUUGGCGCUAGACAACAGGCCCAAAGGUGUUGCCUGCAGUAAUUUAAUUUAACCCCCCCAUCUGCUUUUGAGCUUCAAUUAUUGGCUGCUAUCACCUGUGUAGAAAGGCUGGAAUUCACUCAAAUAAUGUUAAGGGGAUCCAAGUACCAUACAUCUACUAUACUUUCAGAUGAAGCUUUCUCCCACUUUGACACGCCAGUUCAACUACAGACCCAACAGCAGGACUUAGUAUCUGCAUCAAUAUUUAGCAAAGAAAAAGGAAAAGCUCAAAAAACAAAACAAAAAACCCCACCAAACAAAACCAAACAAAAAACCAGAACAACCAGAAUGCCAUAAUAUGUUGCCACUAGAUGAUCUAAACCAGAAAAACUGCUACACAUGGUGUGUUCUCUAUUAGCAGUUCAUACUGUGUGAUUUUUAAGGUACUAUAUUUUCAGUGUUAACUAUUAGUAGGUCAUUAGUAGCUCAUCCUUCAACAGAUCUCAUUAACUAUUUCCUAAGUUUCUAAUUAGUAACCACACUAAUAAAUUGGUUAAAGAUUCUAUGAUAUGAUUCUAUGAAUCAGUUCAUUUCAAACCUUAGGACACUUCUAGACAAUAAUCUAAAUAAUACCCACUCUACAUGGAUUAUCCUUAAAAGUCUUCAUCCUGUACUAUGAAAAUUCAGGAGAGUUUUCCCCACUGUGUUUCAUGAAAACAGGAUGAAACGUUAUCCUGCCCAUAGUUCAGUCAGCGUCAAAACUGGCAGACUCUGCCUUCAUUGCAAGAAUGUAAUUGUCAACAAUUUAACAUCUGAGAAAGCUGAACAGGGAAAUACCAUGUUCUCCACUGCUAUAAAUAAUAAUAAAAAGCAGUAAAAGUUAUUUUUUCUUAGGUUAUCCAAAAAACCGAAACUUUCUUAAAAUAUUUUAAUUAGAAGAAACACUCACAAAUGCAUUUUGGCUAAAGAUUAAAAACAUGUAGUAUAAACACUUUUCAAAAUUGUCUACACAUUUGCCCAAUAUAUAUACUCAUUAUUUUUUAUUGACUUGGAUUAAGUGUAAUUUGUUGUGUAAAUAUGACAUGAUUUGUGAACUGAAAACAAGACUAUUUUCCUAGGGACAGCACUCUUAUGCACCACUGAGUAGGUAAGACUUGCAUUCUUUUUUUUUUUUUUUCCUUUAUAAACAUGAUUCUGUUUAGAUAACUAUUUAUAUUUUGGUUUGAAUUCUUUAUAUUUAAAAUAGCAAUGAAGGCAUAUUUAAUGAAAGAAUAGUAUACACAAUGAUGUAGUACUCACAAAUGCAAUAGAGACUUUUGCUAAUCUCCUAGACAAGAGCUUGUCUUUCAGUUAAGGGCAAAGAUAAGGAAGGUAAAUCCAAAGCUCUGUUCCAGAUUGCUUUACCUGUCCAUUUUUCUUUUUCCAUUCUCUUUCUAUGUACAGUAAGUGAGGGAAAGAACAGUGAGAAACAUGGCAGUCUUUUGUUAGUAAGUAUGUGUACACGAUCUCUGUCAAGUUGCAUUUCCGUUACCUCGGGGAUGCAACAGUCCUUGUGCCAAAGUAUUGAAUGUGAACAUUAAAGUAAAGUUGUUAACUUGAUAAGUCUGAACUGAUGAGUUACAUUAGCAGUCAAUGUUUCUCUAUCUCAACUGCAUAAGAUACGAUGGAGAUAGCAAAAAUUGAUGCUAAAACCCAUUUUCCAUAUGAGGGAAUGAACAUAUCACAUGUAACUCAGUAGGAUCUCUGGGAACUCUGCCUCCUGGAACUGUGGCCAUCUAGCUCAGAAAUGGUUGGAAUUAAAUAUGUAACAAAAGUGAGGAGCAGCAAAGACUACAUGCAAAAAAUGUCCAUUUCCUCAAUGAAUUGUUUCAGUGUCAUGAUCAGCACUGGAAUGUGUUAACUGCACAAGCUGUAAUAGAAACAAGAGAAAUUUCUUUUUUUAGUGGCGUGCACAGCUGCCAAACUUUUUAUCGCAUCACAGACAUUCCCCACGAGUUGUGUAUAUCCUGCAUGCUUGUGCUUUCUUAUCAUUGAACACUGCAGCCUGUAUUGCACUACAUACCGCUCAGCUGCUUCCCUUUCAUAAAGGCUCAUUUAUCAUGUGUUCUGGCUUGUGCAAGGGUCUUUUAGUUGCUGCCCGAUGUGAACCUGCUCUUCAUAACUUCUCAGUAUAGUCAGUCUCAUUUGUUCUUAAAGAGUUCAUUAAUUACACUUAAUCAUGCUUUUUAGCUGGGACAAACAUGUGAUUCCCCUGAUCAUAUAUCUUUGUUUGGUGUUCUCUACAAAAGCCAUACUCUAACAGAAAAAGGUCCACAUUCCCCUUCGUCAGUUAUACUAUCACAUUUCUUCUCUCCAAUCCCUUCCCAAAGCUGUAUAUUCUAAAAUUUUUCUGAAUGUAUUUUCUGAAAGCAUCUGGACUUGGGUCAUCCUGCUUUCUCAGGCAUUGUCCUCUUUCUCUUGGCUUCAUUUUCCUAAUACACCCUAAGUAAUGCAAGGUAAAGUGUAUGCUUUGACAGUAAUGAAAUAUGAGCAUGUAGAAUUAUAUACUUACUCUGUAUAUUUUUUAAACGCAUGUAUACAAAAUGUAGAAUAGUGUUCUUUCCUCUUAUGCUUGUACAUCGGUGAGGAAUGGUGAGCUGGGCAAAUGGGCCAGGGUUCUCUGGGAAAGGACAGACUUCGUUCUAAUGUUCUCAUUUUCUCAAAGAAUUUAUAUGUUGUACUGCAGUUAUGCAGUACCUAAAUAAUGCUUUGCACCAAACCUGAAGGAGAAUAUUCAAAGGCAGAAUCCAAGUUUCUCCUUCAGGUGCACUUAUGUUGUUUUACCUAUUAAUACUCAUCUAAGAGAUCAGCCAGAGAUAAAAUGAAGCACAUGCUGAGGCUCAUUUUUGUUCACUGAUGCAAAAAGCUUGUUUUUCAGGACUAGGGGUCCAUCCCUUGGCAUGCAUUGCCUACAGCUUUACUUUUCUGGUGCACUUUGUUUUGCUUUCUAUUCUUACACUCUAUCACGCUUUCCUGGAACCUUUUGCCUGAAGACCUUUCCCUUCUGGACUUUGCUUCUGCCCUCCCCACAGUAACAGCAUGUCAAGAUCUGCCAGCUCCUUUUCUAAGAAUGUAAUGUUCUUGGGAGCAGACAGAAAUGUAAUUGGCAGUGGUGUUUAAUGGAUAUAUCCGUCUUUCCACCAGUCAAGGGUAACAGCCUGCAACAAUGUGGCCUACAAAAAAACCUGGAAGUUGCUUUGCAAAAUCAGUAAUGCACAAGUAGCUGCUCAUGCUUCUCCAUCUAGCUUCUGCUCCAUUUCUAAAACCAUGAGUACUCAUCUGUUAGUGUUUCUCUGGCACAUCUUAUGUCUCCAUAUAAUCUUUCCUGCCAUUUUCUCCAGCAACACUCACCAGAGGUCUCUUAGGCCAUUAGGACAAGUUGAGGUGGAUGAGAUCUCCCUUGUUUUAUUCACACUCUGCAUUCUUUGAAGAAAUCUCUGAGUAUCUCUUUUCAUAAGGGAAAACUUAUUCAGCAAACAGCAGGUAGCUGUAAGCCUACUUCAGUAGUGUACAUUCCUUGCCUCCAGCUUAGAGAGUUAGCUCAGUAAAGUCUGAAAUGUGAAAUUCAAUAUAAUUUGAAUACCUAAACCCAUUAUGAUUCCCUUAAAAUCCUAACCUUCACUUGUGAUAUAUUGUAAUCUUUUAUGCUAAUUAAUCACUUGGACAAGGGCCUUCUAAAGACAUUACUGUAGGAAACCUAAGAAGCUCAGUCUCUAUAUCUGGGAUUAGGGCUGUGACAGAGCCUUUUAAAGCCUCUAUCCAUCCUUGUUGUCUUUUGAAAAACAUUGUCUGAGUAACACAUGGUUAAAACAGCAACCCAAGCCCAGAGCUACGCUUCUGUUUCAAAACCUUAGGGGCACACUGCAAAGACUGCGGGUACAUCAGAGCUGUCUUGUAUCCUUAAAAUCUCAGCUACUAGUCCCUGUUUUGAGCUGAAGAGCAAAGCAGGUUUAUUGGGUUAGUGCUCCUAGCCCUUUUCAGUGCAAAGUCAAACAGGUUAGGUUAAACUAUACUGGGAGUUGAUUAACUUGAUUGUAAAAUACAUUAAGAGUUUCAUGCUUUCAUAUUCUGCUUCUCAUCACAUGAAAGCAGCAGGAAUUUGCUGUUGGGAGCAGCUGUGACAUAUUUAUUUCUUAAACUGCUACAGCUGUUUCCCGGGGAAACUGAGGAGCUUGGCACUGACACCCCUGUACUUUUCCAUUCAUCCAGUCUUUGAAGAGGAAGGUCAGACUCUUAAUAAGCCUCUAGACCUCUGAGGGCUGAAGGACUUCCUUGCCCAUUCCAGGAAAAGCAUCCUGGCCUAAGCAAAUGGAUGUGCUGUGUGGAUGAACAACAGGUGUAGUGUUAGGCUCUGGUCUCUGUUCCAGGUCUUAAAUACCACUGUGCAAGCCAGAAUUGCUUCUGGCUUAAGUCACUUGACAUUAAUUCUUCUUGCCCUAUCUCAAUGACAAAGACUUAGCAGUUUUUUGUUAAAACCGGCUCUGGGCAAUGAGCACAUUUGUACUCUGUGCAAAUACCAGGAAAAUUAUGGAGCUGGCCCCUAGAAUAAUUGCAGCCAUCACCACAAAAGAACGAUGGCUGUUGUAGUGUUGCAGAGGUCUGCUCAUAAACCAGUGCAGCAAUCAUGAGCAGGUCCACAUCUUUAAUAUGUAAGGCUUAUUCUUAAAAUCUGUGCUCAGUAUAGAUUGCACAGAAGAUUUGCUGCACUGAGAUGCCUGUAGCUCCCUGAGAACUCCACAGGGAGUGGGAAAUGGGGCAGCAUGGUGACAAUUAGGCAGGACACUGGUAAAGUUGGCACAACAGCUCUAUAUGUACAACAGUAGAAUAUCUUAAGUUUGUUACUAUCUUUGCAUCUGAAUGAUUGAUUCUCUCUGUCACCUCUUCUAACCCAAGAGAAGCAAAACAAUCCAGAGGAGACUGAAUUACUGAGCAUUUAUUGGAAAUAAGAGUGAAGCUAAUAAUUACUUCAAGCUCAGCUUAGGAGUAAAUAGCAGUAAUCAGAUGAAAUGGGGAUAGAAUUGAGCCCCGUGCCUCUAAAAGGACAAUAUGAAAAGAAUAACUGGCAUUAUAUCAUCAUCAUAAUCAAGUUGAGUGAGUGUACAUUAUCUCUCACACUGGUGUUAAUAAGAAGUGAAAUCUUUUCUUCUGAAUGUAGAUUAACUAACAAGUAAAUCCCAUGCAUUAGUAAUAGUGGAAACACUUUGUUUAAGCUAAAGCAAUCAGAAAUUGUAGCUCUCUGCCACCCAUCCUCAUGAAGGAGCUCAGCAGCAAAGGAUUUUUCAGCCAGUGUGGAGCAAGGCUGCAUGCUGGGCAGAUUGCAGCAUCAUCCAGCCCUCCAGCAACAUUCACAGACUGACACAGCAGCCUGCUGUCCAUGCAGCUCUCCCAAGGCUUGGCAAGACUACCAGUGUCAAUGCAAUGCAAUGCACUGCAAAAAACAAAAAAAAAACCAAAAAAAAACCCAAACAAACAAACAAAAAAAACCCACCCAACAACAACAACAAAAAACAACAAAAAAGCCCAGCAAGUAGUUCUGUGCAGUCACUUGAGAAGUGCGGGUUACAGUAGCAGUGAAGGCAGAGCUUUUCAGGAGAAGCUGCAAGUAUUUGAGCCCACAGGGGUGUAAAUCUCCCUCUAGUCAGUGUCUGCUCUAACAGCUUUGGGACAGCAGCCAGCUGGAUAUUGCAGAGCUGAACUCCUGUCAGGGCCUGGGUGCUAGGCCUCUCUCCAAAGCCUGGCAAUUAAACCAGGAAAACAUUCAGCUGGGGGAUAAUUUAAAACUUUAAGUGUAGUACUAACCAGAACAGGAAAUGCCAUCAUUUAACAGGAUUGGUAAUGGCCAGUCACUGCUGUUUGCCCUACAAUGAAGGGAGAAGCACAGAACAAAGUUAAUGCUAUGAAUAAAUCUCUUCCUCUGUUGAAUCUAGAUUCAGUUUUGCAGAUAUUUUACUGAGUAAAGAAAGAGAAAGAAAGAAGCCUCUUCCCCAUCCCCCAUAUAGAUGGUUGCUCAUCUGAUGAGCACAUGUGGGAACUCACUGAGCUCUCCUGCAGGGUGCUGCUAGCCAACCAUUGAAAAGAUUGCCACCUGCUAGUUAUCUGACCCAGGAGGUGCACUGCUUGAAGCAAGGACAGGACAGAGGAAGAUGAUCCUUCUUCAUUCUGAGUGUCUGAGUUCUCAAUGACAAGCUGAAGCAAGAGCAAUUGAAAGCUGUUUGUGAAACCGUGGAUAUACAAUUUAAACUUGUAGGAACAUUUCCAGAAUGAAAACCACAUACAAUUACCUUAAUAAUUGCCAAAUGAUGAGAGGAAAGUUAUGAUGGCAAAAAACAAAGAGCCACGUCCCCCAUCUUAUGCUGUUAGUGUUGUUGGACUGUCUGGAACUGAAAAGGAUAAAGGUAAUUGUGGAGUUGGAAAGUCGUGUUUGUGCAAUAGAUUCGUUCGUUCAAAAGCAGAUGAAUAUUAUCCUGAGCAUACCUCUGUGCUUAGCACAAUUGACUUUGGAGGAAGAGUUGUUAACAAUGAUCACUUUUUGUACUGGGGUGACGUAACACAAAGUGGGGAGGAUGGAAUUGACUGCAGAAUUCAUGUAAUCGAACAGACUGAGUUCAUUGAUGAUCAGACUUUCUUGCCUCAUCGGAGUACGAACUUACAACCAUACAUAAAACGUGCAGCUGCCUCCAAACUGCAGUCAGCAGAAAAACUAAUGUACAUUUGCACAGAUCAGCUGGGCUUGGAGCAAGACUUUGAGCAAAAACAAAUGCCUGAAGGGAAGUUAAGCAUAGAUGGAUUUUUACUGUGCAUUGAUGUAAGCCAAGGAUGCAAUAGGAAGUUUGAUGAUCAACUUAAGUUUGUGAAUAAUCUCUAUAUUCAGUUAUCAAAAUCUAAGAAACCCAUAAUAAUAGCAGCAACAAAAUGUGAUGAAUGUGUGGAUCAUUAUCUACGAGAGGUCCAGGCAUUUGCUUCUAAUAAGAAGAACCUUGUGGUAGUGGAAACAUCAGCAAGAUUCAAUGUCAACGUUGAAACUUGUUUUACUGCCCUGGUACAAAUGAUGGAUAAAACUCGUGGUAAGCCUAAAAUAAUCCCCUACUUGGAUGCCUACAAAACUCAAAGACAGCUAGUUGUUACAGCAACAGACAAGUUUGAAAAACUUGUCCAAACUGUGAGAGACUAUCACGCUACUUGGAAAACAGUUAGUAAUAAACUGAAAAAUCAUCCUGAUUAUGAAGAGUACAUAAAUUUGGAAGGAACAAAAAAGGCCAAAAAUACAUUUUCAAAACACAUAGAGCAGCUUAAACAGGAACAUAUUAAAAAAAGGAAAGAAGAAUACAUUAAUGCAUUGCCAAGAGCUCUUAAUACUCUUCUGUCAAAUCUGGAUGAGAUUGAACAUUUGAGCUGGUCAGAGGCUUUGAAGUUAAUGGAGAAAAGGCCUGACUUCCAUUCCUGUUUUGUUGUGCUGGAAAAAACACCCUGGGAUGAAACUGACCAUAUAGAUAAAGUGAAUGACAGAAGGAUUCCAUUUGACCUUCUCACUACGCUAGAGGCAGAAAAGGUUUAUCAAAAUCAUGUGCAGCAUCUUAUAUCUGAAAAGAGGAGGAUUGAAAUGAAGGAGAAAUUUAAAAAAACUCUUGAGAAAAUCCAGUUCAUUUCACCUGGACAGCCAUGGGAAGAAGUUAUAUGUUUUGUUAUGGAAGAUGAGGCGUUCAAAUACAUUACUGAUGCAGAUAGUAAGGAAGUGUAUGGUAGGCAUCAGAGAGAGAUUGUUGAAAAAGCCAAAGAGGAGUUUCAGGAAAUGCUUUUUGAACACUCAGAGCUAUUUUAUGACCUGGAUCUUAAUGCAACACCAAGUUCAGAUAAGAUGAGUGAAAUUCAUGCAGUUCUGAGUGAAGAGCCUAGAUACAAAGCUUUGCAGAAACUUGCACCUGAUAGAGAAUCUCUUCUUCUCAAACACAUAGGAUUUGUUUAUCAUCCAACUAAAGAAACUUGUCUCAGUGGCCAAAAUUGCAUGGACAUUAAAGUAGAGCAGUUACUUGCCAACAGUCUUCUGCAGUUAGACCAUGGCCGUUCAAAUUUAUAUCAUGAUAGUGCCAACAUAGAUAAGGUUAAUCUUUUCAUUUUGGGCAAAGAUGGCCUUGCACAAGAGUUAGCAAAUGAAAUUCGGACACAGUCCACUGAUGAUGAAUAUGCGUUAGAUGGAAAAAUAUAUGAACUUGAUCUUAGGCCAGUUGAUGCAAAAUCCCCAUACCUGUUGACUCAGUUGUGGACCUCUGCCUUCAAACCACAUGGUUGUUUUUGUGUGUUUAACUCUAUUGAAUCACUGAAUUUUAUUGGGGAUUGCAUUGCAAAAAUAAGAGCUGAAGCGUCUCAGAUAAGGAGAGACAAAUAUAUGGCUAAUCUUCCCUUUACAUUAAUACUGGCUAAUCAGAGGGACAGUGUUAGCAAGAAUCUACCUAUUCUGAGACAUCAGGGACAGCAGUUGGCCAACAAAUUACAAUGUCCAUUCGUAGAUGUGCCUGCUGGUACAUAUCCACGCAAAUUUAACGAGACCCAAAUAAAACAAGCUCUGAGGGGAGUACUGGAAGCAGUUAAACACCACUUUGAUGUUGUGAGUCCUGUUCCCACCAUUAAAGAUCUGUCAGAAGCUGACUUAAGAAUUGUCAUGUGUGCUAUGUGUGGUGAUCCAUUCAGUGUAGAUCUCAUUCUUUCACCCUUCCUUGAAUCUCACUCCUGUAGUGCUGCUCAGGCUGGCCAAAACAAUUCUGUGAUGCUUGAUAAAAUUAUAGGUGAAAAGAGGCGUAGAAUACAAAUAACUAUAUUAUCAUACCAUUCUUCAAUUGGUGUAAGAAAAGAUGAACUUGUUCAUGGAUAUAUACUGGUUUACUCCGCAAAGCGGAAGGCAUCCAUGGGGAUGCUUCGGGCAUUUCUUUCUGAAGUUCAGGAUACAAUUCCUGUCCAAUUGGUGGCUGUUACGGAUAGCCAGGCAGACUUUUUUGAGAAUGAAGCUAUCAAGGAGCUCAUGACUGAAGGAGAACACAUAGCAACAGAGAUUACUGCAAAGUUUACAGCUUUAUAUUCAUUAUCUCAAUAUCAUCGUCAAACAGAGGUCUUCACGUUAUUCUUCAGUGAUGUAUUAGAGAAGAAAAACAUGAUUGAAAGUUCCUAUAUGUCAGACAGCACAAGGGAAACAACACAUACAAGUGAGGAUGUUUUUUCAAGGUCUCCCAGAGGAAGUUCCCUUGACUAUAAUUAUCCAGAUUCAGAAGAUGAUGCUGAGGGACCGCCACCGUACAGUCCAAUUGGUGAUGACGUAAGGUUACUCCCAACCCCUAGUGACCGUUCAAAGUACCGAUUGGACUUGGAAGGAAAUGAGUAUCCUAUUCACAGUACGCCACUCAAUUGUCAUGAUCAUGAACGCAACCAUAAAGUGCCUCCUCCAAUAAAACCGAAACCACUUGUUCCAAGAACAAAUGUGAAAAAACUGGAUCCUAACCUUUUGAAAACAAUAGAGGCAGGUAUUGGUAAAAACCCAAGGAAGCAACCUUCUCGAGUGCCUGUAGCACCACCAGAAGAUGUAGACCAAUCUGACAAUUACGCUGAACCUAUUGACACUAUUUUCAAACAUAAAGGCUUUGCAGAUGAUAUCUACGCAGUUCCAGAUGAUAGUCAGAAUCGUAUUAUUAAAGUUCGAAACUCAAUGCCUAUAAAUGCCCAGGGUGAUGAAGAAAAUGGAUUUUCUGACAGAAUAUCUAAAAGUCAUGGGGAAAGAAGACCUUCAAAGUACAAGUAUAAGUCUAAGACAUUGUUCAGCAAAGCGAAGUCUUACUACAGGAGAACGCAUUCAGAUGCAAGUGACGAUGAGGCUUUUACCACUUCUAAAGCUAAAAGAAAAGGCAGGCAUCGUGGUAGUGAAGAAGACCCACUUCUUUCACCUGUUGAAACAUGGAAGGGUGGCAUAGAUAACCCUGCUAUUACAUCAGAUCAAGAAUUGGAUGAUAAAAAAACAAAAAAGAAAACUCAAAAAGUGAAAGAAGAUAAGAAGCAAAAAAAGAAAGUUAAGACAUUCAAUCCUCCAAUCCGUAGAAACUGGGAAAGUAAUUACUUUGGAAUGCCCCUACAAGACCUGGUUACAUCUGAGAAACCCAUACCUCUGUUUGUUGAAAAAUGUGUGCAAUUCAUUGAAGAUACAGGAUUAUGUACUGAAGGCCUGUACCGUGUUAGUGGAAAUAAAACAGAUCAAGACAACAUUCAGAAACAGUUUGAUCAAGAUCACAGUAUCAGUCUAGAGUCUAUGGAAGUGACAGUAAAUGCUGUGGCUGGGGCUCUUAAAGCUUUUUUUGCAGAUCUGCCAGAUCCAUUAAUACCUUACUCUUUGCAUCAAGAGUUGUUAGAAGCAUCAAAGAUCCUGGAUAAGACAGAACGGCUACAUGAGUUAAAAGAAAUUGUGAAGAAAUUCCACCCAGUGAACUACGAUGUCUUCAAAUACGUGAUAACACAUCUGAACAGGGUUAGUCAGCAAUAUAAAACCAACUUUAUGACUGCUGAUAACUUAUCAAUUUGUUUCUGGCCUACUUUGAUGAGACCUGAUUUUGAAAACAGAGAGUUCCUUUCUACCACCAAAAUCCACCAGUCGAUUAUAGAGACUUUCAUUCAGCAGUGUCAGUUUUUCUUUUACAAUGGAGAGAUCGUAGAAGCACCGAACCCAGUGGCAUGUCAGCCACCGCCUUCCAACACAGUGCAAAUGGUGGAGCCAAUGGUACCUCUGCAGUUACCACCACCACUGCAGCCUCAGCUGAUACAGCCGCAAUUACCAGCAGACCCUCUUGGUAUUAUAUAAAUAGAAGAUGAUUGCAGGCAGCCUGGCACUGGACAGUAAAGAAAAGCUAUAGACGUGCAUGUUUCAGGAUACAGUAAUGUACUUCAUAUUUAUGAAAAAUAAUGCUCAUCCAGCUGGUUGGACAUUUUUUUGUUAUAUCCCGUACUGUGUUCCUCAUUUGUACACACUGCAGAUAAAAACUAUGUGGUAAGCAUGACUGGAGAGGUUUAAUUUUUAAAAGCAAAAAUAGCUAUAAAGUACAAAGCUGCUGCUGCAUGAUACUUUAUUGCAAUCACUAUAUCAUUCCUGUGACAGUUUGUCACAAUAUAUUGUGAAUAAAAAUUUUCUAUAGAAAUUUAAUGAUUAAAAAAAUUACAUUUAUGAAACAUUCAGUGCUUACAGCCUGCUUUAUGGCUGUUUUUGUUAUUUAACAUGCUAUUUUUGGCAAUUUUAUUCACAUUCAAGCAUUCUGUAUAAACAACUAAAGCCCAGCUAUAGUUUAUUUUAUAAUCUCUGGCUACUUAUGUGACCGUAGGCUUAGGAUGGUUUAUGGAAGAAUGCAAAAUGCACUGUUGAGAAUUUUACAAUGCCUCACCUUCCAUCUUUACUUGUAAGUAAACCUGUGGACAGUUUGUUAAGGGUGGGUGAACUUGCUUAUUAUUUCUUACAGCACAAUACCAAGGACAUGCUUGUUGUAAAAGUGAGUUUCAAAUAUUGUACAAAAAUUUUGAUGUUGCCUACUUAUUUCUUUAUGUUCCAUUCCUUAACUAAACAUUUUGUAAAACUGUUAAUUCUGUAAACAGCUGCAUGUUUAAAAGAUCAUUAAUGGUCUUGUAAACUUAAUCUAAUAUAUUUUAGAUAUUUUAAUUUUUCCCACUUGGGAAUACAUUUAGUGUUUAGAAGAUAGUUCAUGACAUUUUCAUACAAGGUUAUAUAACUUUUCAUACAUAAACAUGAACUUUGUUGUAGUAAAAUUCUCUAAACCAAACAAUGUUUUAAUCUAGGACUUCAAUUAAUCUAUUCUUUAAAUCUAUUUUUAUGUGACCCUUUAAAGAUAUACAAAAAUGCAUUGCUAAUACAUAGCAAUAAAUACUUUGGGUACUGACAAUUAACUUCUUUGGAGUAUGUAUAUAUAAAAUCACAUAAACUUGUAUUCAUUUUUUCUUUCCUGUGGUAUAUUGUACUUAAAAUUUGAAUGACUGAUUUUUUUGGUUUUGCACCAUUUUUUAAAAGAUGUUCUCUCUUUUUUCUUUUUUUUUUUUUGUUCUCUUUUUUCUCGUUUAUUUUCUUUCUCCAUUGGUACCGAUUUUGCUGUAAAAGAAUGCUGCUUAAUUUAAACAGAACUUCUGGUUAAGUAUUUUGUUAGUGGUAAAAAUUUCAGAAGGUUACAAGUCGCAGCGAAGGGGAGACCAUAAGUAAUCACUAUUUGUGAGACUUUUCAUAGCAGCUUUUUUUCUUUCAUGCUCAAAAUACACCUUUUUAGAUCUGCAGAGAAAAAAACAGUUUUGGCUCAUUCAGCUGCUAGAAUGUUUUGUGUAGUUUUAAACAAAGAAGCUUUAUGAUGGUCACUGUUGUAAUCUUCACUUAUAACAAGAUUUAAGAUCGUCUUGUAUGUAUUAUAGUAAAUAGCUGAUUUUGAGUAUUAAGGUUCUUAAGAGUUUGAUUUGCUCCAUUUGCAUAAAAUAAAAAUUGCCUUUCCCACUUAUGUCCUAGGUAUUGUACUUCUAAUUAUGACUUGGAUUAUCAUUCUAGAUUACUAUGAUACCAUAAACUCGGCUGCUGUUUGAAGUACAUGUAUAUUAUAAAUUAUCUUGAUAUUGUGUUAUAUUCUUGCAAUUAAUUAUCUUUUUUAAGAAAACAAAAAAGAAAAGUCAACCUUAUUCCUAUUGCAAAGCACACAGGAAUUAAUAGUACAAUAAAGUCUGUCCUGUAAAGUGUAGUGUUCUUAACUUGUUCUACAUUACAUCUGUUGUCUAUGUAGCUUUUAUUUAUAGUUGUCAGUCUAACAUUGGCAUGUUUAGCAAAGAAAAUGCAACUUCAAGUGUUUUAUAAACUAUUUCUAAGUUGCUAAAGAAUUUAUUUUUCUACUAUAUAUGGUAUAGACAAUGCAUCACCUGUACAGGAAGCAAGUCUAUUUCUAAUAGAAGUAAGCUUAAAAAUAAAUGCCAGUCAUAUCCAUAUUUAAAAGUUCUAUCUAGAUAAAGUAUCUCCAGUCUUUGUAAUGUGAAUUGCAUUUUAAACUUUCUACGAAUUCCAAGGUAUUUGCCAUAAUAUUUAUCUAAUCUUUGAAUACUAAUUUUUAGAGUAGUCCACAUUCCUUUCCAUCGACAUUCACACCAAAUUCUCGAUCGCUUUUAUUGCAUAUGGCGUUAUGGAUAAAUCACCUAUGUCAUAAUUUCCUGAGAAGUAACACGUCCAUUUGGCCAGAUCUGAAAGUGUUACUACAUUUACUUGAUAAACCAUUAGAAGAAGAAAAAAAAAAAGCCCGGCAUGUGACACUUGACUGUCACAUGGCAGAGUUCCUGCAUAUUAUUUGCAUUGUACAAGUGUUAUAUGCAGGAAUGUGGAUGUGCGUGUAUCUGGAUAAUAUAUACACUGAUAUUUUUGAUGUGCUCGUGUGUUUAUGUACACGAGCACAUGUGCACACACUUGCAUGCACAUAUGCUGUCAUAGCGAAGUUUGGAAAAGAUACUGCAAAGUAAUGCCAUCGUGAUUAAAGAUACUUAAUAGAGCUUUCUCUGUUAUUUUUGUUAGUGCUAUGAAAUGAGGAAGCACGUCAUUAUAUACAAAUUCCUCAUACUUUGGCUCCAUGUAGUCCCUUCUAGUUUUAAUGGAAAUACAAACAAUAAUAACUAUAUUUUUUAAUGUGAGCAUUUUUACAGUAAUAUCUAUCUUGAAAAAAAUACAAAUGUAUAUUAUUUUUGGUUGAGCGUCUCAGUGACACUUUACGGAGUAGUUUGUCUUUUUUAUGUAAUUUUGGUAUAGGCAUUCUGCAGUGUAUUGUUUUUGAAUAUUUUAGCAGUUUUGAAGUACGACACGUGAGUUAAAAAAGUGCCAUUCUGAGUAAUGUUUAGCAGGUUAUUUUAAAAUUCCUUGCCCUCCAGAAUGUUGUGGAAUUUUAACGUAGUGUACAUAGAUUGCAGAUGUCAAUCUGAGUGAAAAGAAACUUCUCUUAUUGUACGUUUCCUCCGUUAUUUGAGUACUGGUUGCUAGAAAAUUAUAGAUACGCUUAAUUUUAGUUGCUGGCGGUUAGCUUCUAAUAUUUAUGGUAAAUACAGAUACAGAAGUUAUCAAUUUGAGACCAAAAAGAGAAAUUUGGCCUUACCUUCCAUGCUUAUCUCAGUUUUUCUCAGUAAUGUGAUCAUGUUUGUCAACUGAAAAAAAAAAACAACUUUUUUUUUAAGUACAAAGUUUGUUCUUUGUUUAUAAUGUAAUCUUUUGUUACUACAUCUACAGAAUACUGCAGUGGAUUUAAUAUCAGUGAAGCUUAUUCUGUAUAAAAGAUGAUGCAAUGAAUAAAAUACUAAGAUGCUUACUGUGUA